AUGUUCGACAAGAUCCGACCAUAUCAUAUUGAUUCGAUCAUUUCUGCCAAAAUACCAGAUCCAGAAACUGAUCCUGAGCUGCAUUCCGUUGUGACAACGAACAUGAUACAUGGCCCUUGCGGAGCUCACAAUCCAGGGUCACCGCGCAUGAAAAACGGAAACUGCACAAAGCGUUUUCCCCGUCCGUUGGUGGCUGACACAAUCAGUGGAAUCGACGGAUAUCCAUUGUAUCGGCGUCGUUCUCCAGAUGACAACGGCAGAUCAAUCAUGAUGAAAGUGAAAGUAAACGAUGUCGUCGUCGAUAAUCACUGGAUCGUUCCAUAUUGUCCACUUUUGUCAAAAAAGUUCUCAACUCACUGCAAUGUUGAGUAUUGCAACUCCAUCUAA